GACUGUAGUAGAACUCGGCGAAACCAGUUAGCGAGAAGCGUCUUUUUUUGUCUAGCAACGUAACAAAGGAGGAGCUCAAGAUAAGUACUUGAGGCGAGACUGAAAAAUCUGUCAAAGUUCACUUACAGUGAUCGAGAGAGGAUCUGUGGUGUUUUGCGAUCUUAAGGUUUUCCCAGGAUUCACCUUGAAUAAGCGUGCGUGGAGCGUGAUAUGAACCUGAAACUUCAAAUCUUCUGCCUGUCUCUGCUGCUUUUCGAAGCAUCUUGUUUCACUGAGUUUGAGAUUACCGUGCCCAGUGGCACUCUCAUUGGCUUUUACCACGAAGUGCUGAUCCUGCCCUGCACUUUCCCAGUGGACAUCUCAUGGGAUAUGAGCAGCACUGUUAUCACCUGGCAGCGUGGACUGGAUGUUGUCCACAGCUUCUAUUACAGCCGGGACCAACUUGACCGUCAGAAUCCACUCUAUGUCAAACGCACCAGCCUGUUCAAUCGGGAAAUGGCAAUAGGAAAUGCAUCACUCAGACUGGACAGAGUCACUCCGGAAGAUGCUGGCGUGUACACCUGCUCUAUCAGCACAAACUCAGGCAGCCAGAAGAAGAGUUUUACAGUAAAUAUUGCAGCGUUCUACUCUGAGCCUCGUCUGCAGUUUUUUGUGCUAAAUGAUUGGGUCAACCUGCUAGUGACUUCAGAGGGUGGAUAUCCGUCACCUACAUUGCAGUGGCUGCUAGAAAACUCCGAUAUCACCAACCAGACACAAACACACAUCGCACAGGACACACACACAGGACUUUACAAUGUGUCUAGCAGGAUAAAUCUCACUGAAGUCACCAACUCUUCUCUGACUUUCAUACUGCACAACAAGCUCCUGGGACAAGAAAUCAGGAGAGAGAUCCAGCUGUACUCAGAUAAGAGAGAGAAGCGAGAAGAGUCAGUUUACAGAUGUCAUGGAUGCGUAACACUGAUCCCUGGAGUUUUGCUGCUGGUGCUGAUCAUAAUAAGUCUUAUGAUCGUGUUCAUUAAAAACAGAAGAACUAAACAACACACCUUUAUUGGAAAGGAACUUUCUGAAACCAAAGCACUUAAUGGAAAACAUAAUGGUCAUUCAAACAUCUAUGUACAAAGUGUAUGAAUCCUUGAAUUUGAAGGACUUUUUUUCUUUAUAACUUAUUUGACGUGUGCAGCUUUGACCAAAAAGUAUGUUUUAUAUACUGGUUAACAUUUCAAUGCAUUUUUUAAGCCAUCUGUUAAACACAGCGAAUAGUAUUGUCUGUCAUCCAAACUAACCAGAUCAAAUGUAUUCAGUGAGGUCUUAAACACCUUACAUGGGUACUCUUUCACGAAUUAUGGUAUUUUAGUUUUUGGAGAAGAACAAUAAUGCAUAAUUUAUUUAUUAAUUUAUAACCAAAAUUCUGGUCCCAUUAAAGAAAGACUGGAGUGAACUAUUUUUAUAUUUUAUUUAUUAUUUAUUAGUUGAUUUUUUUCAACCAAAUUUCUGGUCCCAUUAAAAUGAGACUGGAGUGAAUUUCAAGUUUAAAGAUUUUAAAACCCAGCAUUUAAUAGAUCAUGAAAAACCAUUGACCGUUUGCCAGUUUCUACAGUCCACACUGUUGCUGUUAACUUUGUUGUCAUGUUCAAUAAAUUAUGUCAGGAUUAAUCAAA